AUGCAGCAUUCAGAUAACAAUCCCUUUGAUGAAGAAGCUUUACACAACCUUGUGACAGCUCAGAAUGAACAUGCUACUAGAGAGGUACAAGCUAAUACUCUAUUAAGACAAAAAUCAAGAGAUAAAUGGGUUCAAGAAGGUGCAACCAACACUCAUUAUUUUCAUACCAAGAUGAAGAUAAGACAAGCUACAAAUUUAAUUACUGAAAUUGAAGAUGCUCAAGGAAAUAUCAUCACUGAUCAUGCCCUUAUUGCUGAUUUAUUAGUUCAUCACUUUCAACAAAAAUUUAAGUUUCAAGAAGUUCAUAUUGCAGAUAAAUUGUUAGAUGUUAUUCCUUCAUCAGUUACCACUUCAGAUCAAGCACUGUUGGAUGCGGUACCAAGUAGUGCAGAGAUUAAAAGCAUCAUUUUUGCAAUGGAUCCAGAGAGUGCUGCUGGUCCUGAUAGUUUUUCUGGUAUUUACUAUAGAACUUGCUGGGAAAUCAUCUGCAAUGAUCUAGUAAUUCAAUUUUGUUGGGAGAGAAAAUUCAUUCCAAAAGGGCUCAAUUCCAAUUUCUUAGUUCUUCUUCCAAAAUGUCAAGGAGCAAAAAAAGCAAAUCAGUUCAGACCCAUUGGAUUGAGUAACGUGUUAUUCAAAAUCUUCACUAAAAUAAUCACUACAAGGAUGAAUAAUCUAAUGGUGAAAUUGAUAUCUCCUCAACAAGCAGCUUACAUCAAAGGCAGGAGUAUCCAUGAACAAGUUUUGCUUGCUUCAGAGAUGGUGAAUGAAAUGAAGAGGAAAAGAAGAGGAGGUAAUGUUGCUUUCAAACUGGAUAUAUCUCAAGCUUAUGAUUCUAGGUUUAAAGCAGGUGAUCCAUUAUCACCAAUACUUUUUAUGCUAAUGGAAGAUGUACUCAGUAGAAACAUCUCUCAUCUAGUUGAACAAGGUAAAAUAUUUCCAAUGGUGGUUAAAACUGGUGUUCAUCCAACUCACCUUUUCUUUGCAGAUGAUGUUUUUAUAUUCUGCAAUGGAGCUAAGAAAUCUUUGAACAACUUAUUCACCUUACUUGAUGAAUAUCAAGCUAUCUCAGGUGUAAUCUUAGCUCCUGGAAGAGUAACUUCAGCUAUGGUCUGGCCUGUGGUAGAAAUGAUUCAACACAAAUUAGCUAAAUGGAAAGUUUAUAAAUGGCCUUCAUCUGUCAUUAAAAUCUGUGAAAAGUUGAUUAGAAAUUUCUUAUGGUCUGGUGACAGUGAUGUGAGAAAGUAUAAAACAUUUUCAUGGAAAAAGAUGAAAUUGCAUAAAUUGAUAAAGGGUAAUAAAUGGGAAAUUCCUAUUGAAUUGGAAUCUAUUUUUGAGCUUAAUAACAUGCCUGGAAUUGGUGGAGGAACUGAUAGAAUGAUUUGGAAUGGAUGUUCAUAUGGUAAAUUUACUACUACAAUGGCAAUGGAAAAACUAAGAUUUAAAGAGCAGCAACAAGUAUGGUCUUCUUUCCUUUGGAAAUCCUUCUUACAUCCCAGUAUUGCCUGCAAUGUAUGGAAGCUCUUACAAGGUGUAUAUAUAGAUGAUGACACAGUGAGGAAUGAAGAAUCAUUUACAGAUGUAUGUAAUGGUGCAAGUCAUCAUAGUCCAUUAGUUAAAGAGAUCUGGUUUACAGCAGCCUGUGCUACUAUGAAGGAAUUAUGGUUCCAAAAGAACUCAAGUCUUUUUGAUAAUGGAAAGGUCAAUAUUCAUAAGUUUAAAAGAAGAAUUCUUCAGGUGGUGCAUGAAGGAGGUGUGAGGAUGAAAGGUAAAAGAUGGGCAUAUAACUAUGAUUCCCAUAUAAUAUCUUUUUUCAAUUUGAGAUCAAGAAUAGCUUGUCAGUAA